GCGCCACUGGGGAGGGGAAGGUAUGAGAGGAAGGUUUUGGGUUAGGGGGUAUGCAGGCAACUCAUUAGAUCAGACCGCCUUGCUGCAACGUCAACAAUCUUCUGUCGAGAGACACUGGUCAUAGGAGGAAGGUGACAAGGCUGAGCUGUUGAAGAUUCUGAGCAGCCCGCGUCACCGCCACGUCCUCGUCGUCCCUCCACUCUCCUACUAUCCGUUCUUUAUCACACCCGGCUGAUCUACCUCUGUCCUUGACCUUGGGGGUGAGCUCGACAGCCUGACUGCCAGCCCGCUUCGACCUGUAACAAUUGCAGCUGCCAUUGCUUGCUUUUUUUUUGUUGAACAUGGUCUCGCCCGUGUCGUUUGGCGAUGCCGUCGCGAUGGCUAAGAUCGCGUUGCGCAUCGCCAACGCCUUCACCCAGGGCCAAAAGUCAGCCCCGGCCGAGUUCCGAGAGGUCGAAAGCCAACUAUAUGCCCUCGCCGCAUCACUAUCGGCGUUCAGGGACGUGUGCGGCACUGACCUGGCCGGUCUCACCAUUGACCCAUCCAAGCUGCCCGCUGGGUUCCGCCCACCGCCGAAAAGUUGGACCUGACCUAAUCACCGUUCUCAAACCCCGGCGCUGGAGCCUGAAUCCUCGCCGUACGCCAUGAUGGUGGCAUCGUCGAGGGCAGUGCCGGGGAGGGGGCGUACAUAUGGGCCAUCGCAAGUGAGGCGAAGAGAGGCCGCCAUUUGGGCCCAGCGUCGGGAAAACGCGCGUGUACACACAUCAUAUGCCUCGUGGGAAUGAUAAUUAGUCUGGGGCAGAUUGGCCGGAUAAUAGCGGCGCCAGUAAUCGGCACCGCGUAAUCAGUCAGGCCUCCGUGCGCUGCAGUCCUAUUAUCCUGUCG